CCACGCAACCCUGCGGUCAAAAUCGGGUGAGACACAAAAUGCCCAUCGAGCUGGCUAGGGUUUAGGAACCACCAUUCCUAUUGAUUUAGACCCCUCUUUUGUUCCAAAUCCGAUCACUCCAUUUCGCAUUAAGCCCCGCCUUUAUUACAUUCCUAUCUAUCCGUGUUCACCAUGGUGGAAACCAAGCAAUUAAAGACAAAGCCAUGCCUUAUGUUCCGAAAAGGUCGCUGUUCCCGUCACAAUUGCUCUUUUGCCCACGGCGAGGCUGAACUACGUCGGUUUUCCAGAUCAUUCAACGGUAGACAGGACUAUGGAGUUGCUGACUUAAGAGAGAAGAUUGGGAGAAGGCGUUCACCAAUACAUAGAAAUUCACCAGGCAGAGACGCAAGAGUAGAUUCAAGAGUGUCUCAAGGAUAUACUACACCUCGAUUAUAUGGGAAAUCAAGUGACAGGGAACACAGGAGACGGCAGUUUGAUGUCCGGAAUGAUAGUGGUAGAAAUUUGAGAAUAUCAGACAGUAUCGAAGAUAAAGCCAAUGACAGGAAGGUCUUAUCUUCAAAUUCUAAAGGGAAUUCUGAUGAGCAGUUGAACCAUGUAAGACGUGAAAUUCAAAUCCUGGAAGACCACAAGACUAGGCUUAAGAUGUUCCUGGAAGAAAAGGACCAAGCAGUAGAUACUCUAAAUUCUAGAAUUCAAGAACUAGAAAUGCAACUGUUCAAAGAGAAAGAUGACUGCGAAAGGAUCAUAUCAGCGACUAAGAAGUUCAUUAAAGCACAUAAUCGCCACACUCGUUUACAGAAAGAACUUUCGAGGUCAGAAGCAAGGCUGCAGAAGCUUGGGGACCAACUAGGCUCAGAUGUGGUUGAACCUGGUCCCAUUGAAGAGGACACAAGGAUCAAUAUUGUAAGUGACGGAGACCCCAUAGCUAAUCGAGUGGUGAGUCCUCAGAUUGAGGUGCAAAACCUUGCUUCCUCAAGCAAGAAAAGGCAGCGGAGUCUGAUUACUGAAGGGGAAGGGCAACUAAAGCAAGCAGCAACUGUAGCAGAAGAAGGAAGUAAGCGGAAAGCAAUGAGAUCAGAGAAACAUUUGCGUUCUGAUGUGCAUCAUGAUCAUCUUUACGGUAACAAGGAACCUACUGUAGAUGGAAAUGAUGGCCGGAGACCUGUGACGGCUGAAGCCCAUAAUAGACAGGGGAAAAAGAUGCCUUCUUAUAUUUCUUCAGAGGUUAAGGUUAAGGAUUCUGAACCCGGCCUUCUAUUCCCCUCAACUAGCAUGGCUGCUAAUGUAGUGGAUGAAGUUGUUGACAUUGAAACUGAUGGAAAUCUUGACGAGGAAAACUUUUCUGACAAAAUCGAACAGGGAGUUGCAGAUGAGGUUCAUAGGUUUCCGUUUCAACUGCCACCACCACCUCCUCUACCUCGGAAAUUCUACUUACAGGAUCUUGGGGAAAAUGAGAAUGUAGCCGUUGAUGUUGAUGGUCCUGAAGAGAUGGUGGAUGUUGACAUUAUCUAAAAAUUAGCUCCAUGUUUGUUCCAUGUAUAUAGACGUAUUUUCAUAUUUUUUUUGUCAGAACAAGUAGACCUAGUGACCCUAGAAUUCAAAUUUUAUUUCCAUCAAAACUGUUCUGUGAACUGUGAAGGAUAUUCAGGAUCUUGUACUUAUAUAUAGUUCCAUUUUUAUGGUCA